CUGCCACCGUUGCCAGGGGGCGUCACCGAGCAGCUCAGCCAGGUGAAUAAGCUCCUCUUCACUUAAACUGUGUGAGCCGGACAAGAAGCCACUCAAUUCCUGCACAGACGGACCGCAGGAGUAAAUCCCGCUCGGCCUGGAUCCAGCUCAACAAGAACACGAAAGCCCGAGGAACUUGAACGCUCCGCGUCCUGAGAUCCGUGGAGUAAAAGGAGCGCAGCCGCCGGUGCGCUCUGCCAUGUCAGCCGCUGUUUGGAGGAGGCGGGAUGGGAAGCGAAGGGGAAGCUUUGCUCGCAGACGUCGCCUCGCCGGUUUCAGCAGCGGACUGUUUUAAUUGCUACCUGAAGACAGUUGAGCAGCAGUUAGGGGGGAGUGUUCCCUGUCAGCUUUAAAGAAGCUGCUCGGAGCAGCCGGUGGAUGUUGCGCCAUGGAGAUGAAGACGAGACUCCGAGCCAUGCUGUUCAUGUUCGUAUGGAUUUUUCAAGGUGACACCCAGAAGGUGGAGUUCCCCAGAAAAGAGAUGGAGGUGGUGAAGGGUCAGAUGGUGGUGUUACAAGCCUGGUACAGCCCCACGGCGGACAUUUCCAAAAACACCGUCAUUUGGCAUUUCACGGGGAACGAGUCAAAGCAGGUGAUAAACUUUAGCUCAGGCGAGGUGGGGCACGGCCAGAACGAGUUCACCAAAAGAGUGGGCUUCAGCGCGACCAUGCCCUCGGCUAACCUCUCCAUCUACAUCAACAACACCCAGGAAUCUGACUCCGGUCUCUACUUCUGCAGCGUUAUCGUGCCCAAAGCUCCCGGCCUUUCCGGAGAGAUGCGCCUUCAUGUCAAAGUCCCUCCUUCUCCACCAGUGUGCACUAUGACGGGCGACCCAGUGGUGAAGGGCAACGUGACUCUGAGCUGUAAGUCCAGUCACGGGAAACCAGCCCCGCAGUACAAGUGGACCAAGGCUGCACCCAUGUCUGAGGUCUUCUUCUCCCCGAUGCAGAAAUGGAGAACCUGCCCCCAGCCCAUGCUUGUCCUUGGGUUCAUGGAUGAGAGACACGGCACCCUCAAGCUGAGCAACCUCACUAAAAGCAUGUCAGGGAAGUACAUCUGCCGAGCCAGCAACACUGCCGGCUCCGACAGCUGCUCCAUUAACCUGGAGGUUAUCACCUCUUCCAACGCGGGCAUGAUUGCAGCAGCUACUCUGGGGUCAGUAGUGGGACUGGUGGCCAUGGUCCUCUUCCUCAUAUUCAUACUGAGGCGGAAACGGGACACUGAGGAGGAGAUAGCCAACGAGAUCAAGGAGGACGCUCAGGCGCCCAAGCGAGUGUCGUGGGCAAAGAGCAACACCAACUCCGACAACGUGUCCAAGAACGGCACGCUGUCCUCGAUAACCACCAGCCCUCGACCUCGAGACCCCCAUCAGCCCAACUUCCACUACCCCUACUCCCCGACGUCCGCGUCGGACACCGGCUCAGUGAUCAACGCCUACCAGUUGCGACCCGGAGAAGCCAACCCCUUACAGGGCCUCCCCGGCUACAACAUCGGAGGUACGCCCACCCGUAAACACAAGCGGCCUCCCAGCAUGAACGGGGCCCCUCCGCAGCUUCUCAGGAGCCCCGCGGCCGCUAACCCCAAACGGACUGAGGGGGCUCAGCCUCAGGUUCCACCUCCACUCACUGUGUCCCCACAGAUCAGCUCCUCCACGCUGACGCGCAUGGGAGCCGUCGCCGUCAUGGUGCCUGCUCAAAGCCAAGCCGGCUCUCUGGUGUAGCCGGCAGAAGCUCCUGUGAUGGGAGAUAAAAGAAAAGACAUAUAGAGGGAGUGUGCCCUCAAGUGGAAAGAACUUUCUCCAUGAAGACUUGAAAAGUUGUGAAGGGGGAGUAAAACGUCUUGCACGUUGUUUGUGCUUGUGCAAAAAACUCUCUCUCUCUGGGGUUCGUUGAAUGACUCCGUGCAGCGUUCCACAUUUCGUUUCUUUUUUAUGCUGCGUUCAAGCUCCACUAAAGAGGAAUAUAUUUUUAAUUACAUGCUUAGAAAGAGAACUUCAUUAUUAUGUCCAGCGGGUGUUACGGCUUCAGGCAGAAAUCUGUCUGGACAUAAUAAACCAUAACGAGCGGUUCCGUUUUACACGGUGUACAGUUAAUAUUUAGACAACGUUUCUAUAUGAAUAACUUAAAUAUAAACACGUUUUUAUUUACUUUACUUGGCUGUGUAAGGAUCACGUUUUCUCAGGCACCAGUUCAGAGCAAAAAUUCACGAUUCAGGUCGAGCGUUUCACUUUCUUUGACCCACAUUUGCUUCAUGUUCACUUAAGGGUUGUUUAUUUACCCUGCUGUUGCAGUGUCAGUAUGGUUUCAAGAUGUCUACUGAGAGUACUUUAAUACUUUGAGUAUUUUGCCUGUUAUGCUAGCUGGAAUGUAACCAAAAUAGUGAGUAUUAUAAUGACGUUGAUGGUUUCUGGUUGUUACAAGGGUCUCGGUUCAGGAGAUUUGUCAGGAAACAAUCCAGCAGAUUAGAAUUAAUCUGCUCCUGGUUGGUUUGUUUUCUUGUUGUUAUGUUGAACUCUGGAAAUAAGUGGUUUGUUGGUGUUGAAAGGCUACAGGUAGCAUUGUAACAGAGUGUUGACGGUAUUUUCAAUAAAGCGUACCAGAGUGUU